CUGCGACUCGCCACAUCCACCCACUUUACGUCAGAAAGGGAAGCCAGUGUGUUUCCUCCCCUUCUCUGGGUAAAGGAAGUGCGAAAUAAGCAUCAGCGGUGGAGGGACCAGGCUUGGACACCUCUUCUUCUUCUUCUUCUUCUUCUUCUUCUUUUUUUUCUUUACAUUGCAAAGUCCACCCAGCUCCAGUCUGCAGAAGAAGUCGGAGGAGAUCCACGCUGUCGCCAUGAAGUCCAUCAGGGUUUUCAUCCUGCUGCUCCUGCUGCUGGGAUCAGCCGCACCAGCCACAACAGCAGAUGCGAAUACAGAACAGAAAUCCAGUGAAAGCCAAGAAAAGGAAGCAUCUGAGCAGAAAGCUGCCGUUUCAUCAUCUGAUUCAACCAUACAACCUCCAGAGAAGAUUACUACUGGUCCGUCAAGUGAACCACCUUCAAAGGUAUCAGGACCAACAACAGAAAGUCCAGCAACAUCUUUAACAACUUCCAGUGCAUCAACAGCUACACCUGUUCCCAACGGCUCUACCCCUGGACCAACGACUGAUUAUACAUCUUCAACGAAUGCGACGACUGCUCAACCACCCAGCCAGAACACAACAAAUAACAAUCAAACCAUCAACCAAACUUUGACAUCUACAACUCCUGAAUACAAAACCCCGUCCAUAACAAGCAACACGAAUGCGACUGCAGCCACAACAACAGAUGCGAUGAUCCAGAAUCCAGAACAGAAAUCCAGUGAAAGGCAAGAAAAGGAAGCAUCUGAGCAGAAAGCUGCCGGUUCAGACAAACGGCUGUGGUGGCUUCUUCUGCCUGCUGCCCUGGUUGCAGGUGUAGCCGCUUUUUUCUUGAAAUUCAAAAGCAAGAAGGUCCACGAUCACACAGAAACGAUCGACACUGGAACCGAGAAUGCAUCGUUCCAGAGCAGGCCGGAGAGCAGCAAAGAUGGAGUCAUGCUCCUAGGAGUGAAGUCAUCAGGCGGCGAAGAAAAUGCUGCCAGAUAAGGAGAGGAAAGGCUUCGUAAGUCAACAUCUGCACCUCCAACGUUCUGCUGAUCUGAACCCAACGGCUGAUUUUGUUUUUUAAUUUGUGGAAAUACUUUUGCAAAGUAGGGAAAACUCUGAAAAGUGUAAUUUCACACAUAGAAAGAGCAAGUUGUGCUUUACCACAAGGACUGUGAGGUUCUGUGCAUGUUUUGGUGGAAACCAGCAAUAUAAUAAAUUUUGUCUACAUUGCAACCCCAAGUGAUCCAAUCCCGACUUUUGUCCAAUCGGAUUUUUUUUUUUUUUUUUUUUUUUUGGGCGUGGUCGUUCACUUCCAAAUAUAUCCGACCUGUAUGUGUUCUCCAGUGAAUAAAAGUGUCCCGCAUGCGCAGUAGAGGGCGCAAUAACGUCACACAUAGGCGCUCAGAGUUUUGCCAACCGCCAUAAAAAAAAUAAGUAGUGCCAUAAAAAUAAUAAGUAGUGCUGAGCGUUUGCGGAAGUAAACAUGGAUGCUAACGGUGGAGUAGCUUGCAAUUCUGAAGUUGUCAGACCGGAACCAGCUUAUAAAAAACUUAACCCUCAUUAUUGUCCGCCAUGGUUGUUGUUGUUGUUGUUUUUCGUCCUGCUUGCGCGUAUCGGGACGCAGAAUAGUGACGUUUGUCGACUAUCAGUGACGUUCAGGACUGUUAGGAUUCAGGUCACAUUUGAAAAGAUCGGACAGAUCUCAGACAGUGGCCUGGGUCGCAUUCGAAAAAAAAUCUGAUCUGUGUUGCUCAGACUGCCAUAAAGAGAUCAUAUACAGGUCGUAACACAUUAAAAUAAAAUAAAAUAUAUCGGAAUUGGGUCACCUCAGGUUGCAGUGUGAAUGCAGCCUUAAUUGUCUACAAUGGAUGACUAUACGUUUAAAAGUGUUCUCUUUUUUUUUGUGAAAUGUAAUAUAAGCUUAAAAUUGAUAUCCUAAAGGAUUUGUCAAAGAUUUUUUGUAAUACCCCUUCACCCAAACACAUAAAAUUUUAAGCUUGUAUUUUUAUUUUAUAUAUUGAUUUUACCUGGAUUUGUUCAUUUUUAAACGACUGUUGAAGUGCACAUAAACAGCGCCUCCUACAGGUCACAGUGUAUCUGGAUAUGACGCCUGUCAAGGAUGAGGAUAAACAGACACGUUUUUGUUUUAAACAAACAAAAUUAUAAAAGAUUAAAAGCUUGUAUUUCAUCCCAGUGUUUUGUAUUUUAAGACAAACACUAAAUCACCCAUGCUUGCUUUGUGUUAUUUUUGUUUACUGGUUUCUGAUAAGAAUAUCCACCAUGAUCUCCACAAAAAGCAAAGCUUAAAUUAGGAAAUGACGGUUUGUAAUCUUUACAUAUAAAACGACUAUUAUUGCUGUAAAGCUAACUUCUGUCUGCUGUGAAGUUCAGUCCACAAACACAUUUUCUCUACAGUGCACUUACCUCAGAAUCCUCACCUGUUUAAUGAAAUAAAUCACGUUUCUGUUCAGCCUUUUAUGUUUUUGCUCUUGAUUUAUCUCUUCUGGGAUUUUUUGUUAUUAUUAUUUAGGUGUUUUUUAAUGGUUUAUUUUGGUGUAAUUGUACUUUCCUCUAUUUUGGUAGAGAAAUGUUGCUGAUUUUUUCUUCGCGAAUCAACAUGAAGUAACACGAUUAUUGUAUUAACUACUGAGACUGCUUUGUGCUUUAUGUCAUGAACUAUUGGCCACGGUUUCGUCAAUAAAAGUUUGGAUAAUGGUUCA